AUGCUUUCCUUUUUAAGAAGACGAAGACAAUCUUCUGAUAGUGAUAUCAGUGGGAUAGUGGAUCAACCAAGAGUAAAGUCUAGGAAACCACCAAAUGAUUAUAACACUCCACAAUGGAGACUUGUUGAGAAUGAUGAUACUACAACAUGUCAAAUUAAAUUUUCUAUACCUCAUGAAAUUAAGGCACCAGUUUAUCUUUAUUAUAAAUUAACCAAAUUUUAUCAAAACCAUCGUGAAUAUGUUGAAUCUUAUGAUUUACAACAAUUAAAAGGUGAAGCAGUAAGUGCUGAUGAUUUAGAUAGUGAUUGUGGACCAUUAAAGACAAAUUCUGAUGGUAAACCAUAUUACCCAUGUGGAUUGAUUGCAAAUUCAAUGUUUAAUGAUACAUUUGAUUCACCAUAUAAAUCAGAUGAUGAAACUUCAAUUUAUAAUAUGACUGAUAAAGCUAUAUCAUGGAGUUCAGAUAGAUCAAGAUAUCAAAAAACUAAAUAUAAAGCAUCAGAAAUUGUACCACCACCAAAUUGGGCUAAAAAAUAUCCAGAUGGAUAUACAGAUGAUAAUUUACCAGAUUUAUCACAAUGGGAAUCAUUACAAGUUUGGAUGAGAACAGCAGGAUUACCAAGUUUUAUGAAAUUAGCACGUCGUAAUGAUAAAGAAACAUUGGAAAAAGGUGAAUAUAUAAUGAAUAUUGGAUUAAAUUUCCCCGUUUCAAUUUUUGGAGGUACAAAAUCAAUGGUUAUCACAUCAAGUAGUAUUAUUGGUGGUAGAAAUUUAAGUUUAGGGAUUGCUUAUUUAGUUGUUGCAGCUAUAUCUGUUUUCUUUGGUAUUGUAUUUUUAGUUAAAUAUAUUAUUCAACCAAGAAAAUUAGGAGAUCAUUCAUAUUUAACAUUCCAAGACCGUUCAAAUACUGAUGCUCGCUCAACUGAUUCAUAUGUGGAACCACAACCUUCAAGAGAUGAACCUAGAACAGUUCGUGAGAUUCUGUGA